UACAGACUGCUGCAGUUUGUAUAUUAACCCAUGUAUAUCAUCGUUUCUAGUUCUAAAAACGUUGAUGCAUAUUAACUCUAUGCUGUUACCCAUAGAGUCGUAGAGUAAUCACUUAUUAUAAUGCAUAGAGUUUGCAGCUGCGCCAUGGUGCACCGCUUCAUUCUCUCUUGGCUGCGCCGUGCUCCCUACCGGGCUGUAGAAAGUCAGGCCUUCUUCUUCUUCUAACCACCACCAUUCUAUCUUUCACGCGCAUUAAGGAAACAUCUCUAGAUAUUCGGUAAUCUUUCUGUUAAACCUCCAUCAUUCCAAAUCUGAACAGUAAAUUUCGAAACCACUCGAUCAACAACAACAACAAUAUUCGCGUACGCUGCAAGCUGUGGUGCUGGUUCUCAUUGCAUUAGUGGCGGUGAAGCGAGAUCUACAGGCGUGUGAACAUCGAAGGCGACACACCAUGAGUAGCGCUAGUCAAGAUGGUGACGCUCCCAUGACAGUGUACAAGAAAGCAGAACUUCAGGAUUAUGUCGAGCCACAAAAAACAAAGUCUUCGAAAAAGAAACGUUCUGGUUCUAAGCACGAGCCAGCACAAGAAAGUUCGGAGGAGUUGGAGUCGAGCCUGUGUGGUGACGAGGAAAUGAAAAAACAGGCUGUUUCCGAAGAAGAGCGUUCGAACAUCGCCAUGACGCAAAACGCAACGCGACGCAAGCAGCGUUAUGUCAACUUGUACAGCCGGGAAGGCCGUGCGCGCGACGUCGUGUUGUUUCCUGGCCGCCAUCCGUGCGAGUGUGAGGCCCGCCGGCACGCGCUCAUUAACAACUGCCUUCGUUGCGGUCGCAUAGUCUGCCGCCAGGAAGGGUCGGGACCGUGCUUCACCUGCGGCAAUUUGGUAUGCACUAAUGAAGAAAAGGAGCUCCUGUCUCGUGAUUCGAAGAAGAGCCUUGAGCUUCGGAACAAGCUGAUGAACCAUACCGUCGAUGAGGGUCUUGCCAAGGCUAUUGAGCAGAAGAAUCGGCUUCUGGAAUAUGAUCGUACCUCGAAGCGUCGUACCAAGGUCAUAGAUGACAAUUCCGACUAUUACUCCUCAGACAACAAGUGGCUGACGCUUGAGCAACGAGAAAUGAUUCGUAAAAAGGAAGAAGAGUUGUACGCAGAGCAACAUGCUUCACGACGACAACAGAAGGUGACGCUAGAUUUUGCUGGGCGCCAAGUGGUGAAGGAAGACCCACGGCAUGCCAGCAUGCAAAGCUUGUUUCAAUCACUUGUAGAACCUAUGGCUGAAAUAAAUAUCAAUGACCAAUUGUGUAGAGAAGUGGAGUCCAUACACUUUGUUGAUCCAGCCUUGGAUAUGCCACCAUUCGAGUAUGUACCAACCGAGGUCCUCCGUGCACCGACCUGUCCAAUGGGGGACAACAGCCUGGUGUGCACCUCAAGCAAUGGACUAGUCAUCAGCUCCCGCAUUCAGGAUCGAGCUCUCAUGGAAAUGUCUGAUGAUGGCUUUGCACUUUCCGUGCAACAACCAUUUGCCGGUCUGCUAGUGGCCGGAAUCAAAAAGCAUGAAGGGCGUGCUUGGUUCACAACAUACAGGGGUCGUCUCUGGAUUCAUGCAGCCUGCAAACAGCCCUCACAGGAAGACAUCACUGAAGUGACUGGCAUUUAUCGCCAGAUUGUCAAAGCAGAGACCGAAGAACUGAAAUUUCCGGACGAGUACCCAACGAGCUGCCUCUUAGGAUGUGUCAAUCUUGUUGAUUGCCUGCCCCAGGACACCUACCGUGAACAGUAUCCAUUUGGAGAAUGCAUUUCCCCUUUUGUCUUCAUAUGUGAGAGACCUCAAGGGCUGAAAACAAAGCUCCCUAUGAAAGGACAACACAAAAUCUUCAAAAUGGACUCUAGGCUGCACCAUGUAGCCAUGAAGACACUGCUUUGCCCUCAGAUCUUGGAAAGCUGACCAGCUUUUUAUAACUGUUGGAAAGAAGUCGCUGUUUUUCACACAGAAAAUAAACUUUUUGUUAUUGUACAGGGGAA